AUGUUGGCCAACACAGAGCAGUUGGUCAGUUGUCGUGAGAUGGUAUUGUUUGUGACAGAGUGCUAUGCCUACGUGUUGACGCUGUCAUCCUUUACGUCCAAGACCUCUGUUGUCGACGACGCUCGAGUAAUAUUUGAUGCCCUGUCGCGGCUCAAGACCCCGAGGACGGCGCCCUUUUUCGGCUGCGCCGGGGAAUUAUUUGCUCUGAUACCGUCGGCAGCUGCCGCAAUCCGAUAUCUCGACCAUGAGCCUCGUACGAAUGAGCAGACGCAACAAGACGAUCCGUCAUUGACGACCAACCUCCGCUCCCGAGCCGUGCUGGACAAGUGUGCCGACCUCUAUCUUCCCUCGGGAGACAAGACAAGUCCUCUCCUCUCGGCUCUCAAUGGCGAUCUCACAGGUCUCCCACCACUAUUCGUCCCCAUUGAAGGCAACGAGACUCUCCUCGACGACGCGCGUGCCCUCGCACUCAAGGCCAAGGAGGCCAACGUCCCCGUCGAGCUGAAGAUCUACGAUCGUCAAUUCCACGUCUUCCAGAUCUUUGCGAGCAGGAUGGCCGAGGCCCAGCGUGCGAUAGACGACAUAGGCCGGUUUGUUCUUAGUCAUAUUCCAUAA